AUGCAGAUCGAUGGAAUAACCGACUUCACGGUGUUCCUGGGAUCGAACUUCUUAUUACCAAAUUACUACUAUAAGCGAUAUUCGUCCUACGUCGAGUUCAAUGUAACCGUAAUAGAAAAAGGAACACAAACAGAAAUCAAUUCAACAGAAAUAGCAGUAGCAUCCGAAUAUGAUUAUGUUGUCAGCUUUCUACCGGGAUCACCCAGAAUGUUUAAACCAGGACUGCCUUUCACAAUAAAAGCGAUAGUCGAUUCUGCCAAUACAGCGACUUACACAAUUCAAGUAAAUGGUUUCCUCAGCAAACCUCAGAUCACCACCAGAUCAGAAGAAGAGUUAUUAUUUCCUGGUAGCAAUGAGUUGACAUUCUACACAACUGAAGCGAUUGAAACAAACUUGUUUUUGCUGACUGAAUCAGUGAAAGCGGAAAAGUCUGGAAAGUAUUCGGGAAUAUACGAAUUUAGUAUUGCCAUCAAUGUCAGCUGUGCAAUGACACCUCAGUUUCAUCUCGUUUCCUACUAUAUCGGAGAGAAGAACACCGCAAUUGCUGACGUCAUCACAUUGAGAGUGCAGCCAUGUUUUCAACACAAGGUCAACGUGGAGUUUAGCUUAAAUGAGACAAAACCUGGAAGAAACAUUCUGAUGUCGAUAACAGCAGAUCCUGGUUCGAUGGUCAGUUUAUCAGCAGUAGAUAAAAGCGUAUAUCUGGUGCCUUCCUCUUGUGCAAAUCAAAUGACUGCAGAAAAGAAUGUUGACCGUCAACGCAUUCUUCAGGUAUUAUCUGAAAUGUCAAAAUACGACGUUCAGUUUAGCACUUCCGAUGACGACAGGACGGGUCUGUAUAGUUUAAGCGAUACGGUACCCGGUGGUAUGAGAGACUGGUGGAGAUCGUGGUGGCCCAACACUGAAUAUCCUCAAUCAUUUCAAUCUGCAGGUAUGGCAGUCAUGAGCAGUUACCACUUUGGAGGGAAGAAAGUUUAUCGCUUUAAACGUCAAGUUGGUUCGGGUGACGGUGGAGAAGACGAAGGCGAAAAUGGUGGUCUAGCUGGCAUUGGCAGAGUAAGAACUUUCUUUCCCGAAACGUGGCUGUGGGAAGAUCACAUCACAGAUGGUAGCGGUCAUGUGGUGUUGAACUUGACAGUUCCUGAUACUGUCACUACGUGGGUGGCCGACGCGUUCGCUAUCUCGGAGUCUUCAGCUUUCGGAAUAGCAGAGAUGCCUGCAACUGUCUUAGCGUUUCAACCAUUCUUCGUGUCGCUCAGUCUUCCAUAUUCGGUCAUUCGAGGAGAAGAGAUGACUGUGAUCGCUACAGUCUUCAAUUAUUAUCACGAAAAUCUUACGGUGUUGAUGGUACUUGAGAAGCAAUUAUCAGAAUUUAGAUUUUCCGACGGAGACGGCAGUAAGAGAAAUACGACUAUCUUAGUUCAGUCAAAAGACAGCGCUACCGUUCGUUUCCAUAUCGUACCGUUACAAUUGGGAUACAUUCCGCUCAAAGUAUCGGCCUAUUCUUCGUUAGAUUUCGACGCAGUGUUGAGGACUCUUUUAGUAGAACCGGAAGGAGUUGAAAAACGUGAAUCUCAGAGUGCUUUUGUUUCUUCAUCAACUAAUUUAGAAUUUCCUCUGGAAUUACCGAAUUAUGUCAUCAAUGGUUCCGCUAGGGUCGUCUUGUCUGUAACAGGUGAUUUCAUGGGUCCCGCCAUAAGCUGCCUUGGUUCCCUUUUAAGAAUGCCAUAUGGAUGUGGAGAACAGAACAUGAUCAACUUUGCUCCAGCCGUCUAUAUCAGAAAAUAUCUCGUAGAAACCGAUAGUCUUACGUACGCGACGGAGGAAAAGACAACAAGGAUAAUGAGUACAGGUUAUCAGAGAGAAUUGAGGUACCAAAGAAGAGACGGUUCGUACGCUGCUUUCGGAGAUGGCAGUAGUAAAGGAAGCUUGUGUCUGACAGCUCUCGUUAUGCGCGUUUAUGCUCAAGCGAUGCCGUACAUGUACAUCGACGUCGAAUCGAUGAGCCGAUCGCUUUGUUGGUUGAUAAGUCAGCAAAGUAAGGACGGAUCUCUAGGAGUGAAGGUCGACGUUGGCCGUGGAGGAUUGUAUUGUGCAUCGGGUGGCUCAGAAAAAUCCGUUCAAUUAGAAUUAACGGCAUACAACAUAAUGGCACUUUUAGAAGUAAAACGCAAAUUGAAAACCAAGGAAUUGCAAUGCAAUGAUGGCAACGUUGUUAUCGACGACGUCGCUAGAAAGAGCAUAUCGUUUCUACUAAAAAACAUCGACAACGUCGUUAACCCGUAUUCUAAGGCGAUGGUAGCGUACGCGCUGGCCAUGGCAAACGAGGAAGAGACUGACGCACUCAUUGACCAGCUAUUCUCACUUGCAGACAGAAAAGGCGACACGUGCUUUUGGUCUCUCGGACAGCAAUGUAGACGGUCAUAUAGAUGUCGCUACAAACCGUCGAGCAUACAGACGGCUGCUUAUGUAAUUCUGGCAUGUGUGGAGAGAGACAGAAUAGCAGAGACGGUUUGCGUCGUUUCGUGGUUGAUCGAGCAGAUGGACGGAUGCGGCGGAUAUCGAUCGACUCAAGAUACGGUAUUGGCAUUGUUUGCGCUUUCUCAAGCUGCACGAAAAUUCUACUCUAAUGAUUCGAUCAACCUGGCUGUUCACGUUACAAUGAAGAAUCACAUAGACAAAACGUUUAGCGUAGACCAGCACAACAAACUGAUCACUCAAAGAGAGGAGAUUGCUAUAUUCCAUUCAACCCAUGUAAAUGCACGCGGUACUGGGAGCGGUCACGUAUUGUUUCAGGCCGAUCUGACCUACAACAUUCCUAACAUCGAUCCAAGCGACUCGUUCCAACUAAACGUAUCGGUGAAAGCCAAAACAUUUAACUUAGACGAGAUCACGUUUGACUUGAAUCGAUUCACACGAAACUCACAAGACGAAAUCGACGAACUACCGAACCCUGACGAUCUCUUUUGGGAAGAAGAUCCGAAUAUAGAUGAGAUAGACAAAGAAAUUGAAAAAGAGAUCGAACGGCAUUCGAGAGAAACAGAGGAGGAGAACAACGACAGGGACACGCCCACACAGAACGUUUCAUUCGCAAACCGAACGCAACAACAACAACCGACAGUUUUGAUCACGAAUGUCUGUUUUAAGUGGAAGAGACUAGAGGAAAAACCGGGAAUGGUCAUCGUUGAAGUGGGUCUGAUGUCGGGAUUCCAAGCAGACUCGAUAUUACUUCAACAAUUAUUUCCAAAGACAGAGAUCGGUCUGAUGCGAUAUGAAGUUAAACGUCGUCUCGCCACUUUCUAUUUUGAUGAAUUUCCUCAAGACAAGCCGUUAUGUUUCAGUUUUGAGCAAAAACGAAGUCACUGCGUUGUUAAUCUUCGACCAGCGUAUGUCAGGGCGUAUUCGUACUACCAACCGGACUUUAGCACAACCGUAAAGUACGAUCCUCCUAACGAAAUUUCCAACAACAAUUUAGAAGAAUGUGAUGCAGAGAUCAUUAGUGGAGACGUGGUUGAAAUAUUGUCUUCUGGAUCCGGCGGAGGUCAAAAUUUUGGAUAG